GCCAGCAAGGCGCACCCGGAGGGCCGCAGGGGCGCUUGCUGGAGCGUUCACAGCCAACCCCCAGCUCUGUCGGUGCACCACUAUGGCGUCCACCGCACAGAACACCCUGGAGCCGCUGCGGGCGGGAGGCGACAGCAAAGCCAAGGAUGAGGACAUGGAGGAAGAGCUGGAGUAUUCGCCCUUCUACGGCAUCGAGAAGGGCGCGGUGCUGCAGGAGGCGCGCUGCUUCAAUGACUCGCACGUCGACCCGCGACGUUGCCAGCAAGUCAUCACAAAGCUGCUCUACCUGCUCACCCAGGGCGAGAGCUUCACCAAGGCGGAGGCCUCCGAGGUCUUCUUCUCGGUGACCAAGCUGUUCCAGCACAAGGAUGUGCACCUGCGCCGCAUGGUGUACCUGGUCAUCAAGGAGAUCAUCCCCUCCUCUGAUGAGGUCAUCAUCAUCACCAGCUCCCUGAUGAAGGACAUGAACAGCAAGAACGAUCUGUACCGCGCCAACGCCAUCCGCGUGCUGUGCCGCAUCAUCGACUCCCAGAUGCUGCUCCAGAUCGAGCGCUACCUGAAGCAGGCGGUGGUGGACAAGAGCGCGGUGGUGGCCAGCGCGGUGCUGGCGGGGGCCAUCCACCUGGCGGGGGCAAACAGCGAGGUGAUCAAGCGGUGGAGCAACGAGGUGCAGGAGGCCAUCAACUCCAGGCACCCCAUGGUGCAGUUCCAGGCGGUGGCACUGAUGCACGCGCUGCGCGCCAACGACCGCCUGGCCGUCAGCAAGCUGGUCACGCAGCUGACGCGCAGCAACGUGCGGUCGCCCAUGGGGCAGUGCCUGCUGGUGCGCUACGUGGCGCAGGUGAUUGCGGAGAGCCAGCCGGGGGUGGGCAACGAGGUGCGCCCCUUCUACGACUUCCUGGAGAGCUGCCUGCGCCACAAGAGCGAGGUGGUGAUCUUUGAGGCGGCGCGCGCCAUCUGCAACAUGCGGGACGUCACCACCCGCGAGCUCACCCCCGCCGUCACCGUGCUCCAGCUCUUCCUCUCCUCCUCCAAGCCCGUGCUGCGCUUUGUGGCCGUGCGCACGCUCAACAAGGUGGCCAUGUCCCACCCCAUGGCGGUCACCAACUGCAACAUCGACAUGGAGUCGCUCAUCGCAGACCCCAACCGCAGCAUCGCCACGCUGGCCAUCACCACGCUGCUCAAGACGGGCAACGAGUCGUCCAUCGACCGCCUGCUCAAGCAGAUUGGCGGGUUCAUGAGCGAGAUUGCGGACGAGUUCAAGGUGGUGGUGGUGGAGGCUAUCAAGGCGCUGUGCCUCAAGUUCCCGCAGAAGUACCGCGGCCUCAUGAACUUCCUGUCCAACGUGCUGCGCGAGGAUGGCGGGUUUGAGUACAAGAAGGCCAUCGUGGAUGCCAUCCUGGUCCUCAUCCGCGACAUCCCCGAGGCGAAGGAGAUGGGCCUGGCCCAGCUGUGCGAGUUCAUCGAGGACUGCGAGUUCACCUUUCUGUCGGUGCAGAUCCUGCAUCUCAUGGGCGAGGAGGGGCCGCGCACCAAGGACCCCGCGCGCUACAUCCGCUACAUCUACAACCGCGUGAUUCUGGAGAACGCGACCGUGCGCGCGGCGGCGCUGUCCUCGCUGGCCCGCUUUGGCGCGCACUGCCCCGACCUGCGCGACCGCAUCCUCAUGCUCAUCAAGCGCGCCCUGUACGACAACGACGACGAGGCGAGCGCAGGGCCGGGGGGGAACGGGGUGCGGGACCGCGCCACGCUGUACCUGUACCAGCUGCAGGAGGCACCGGAGGGCCCUGAGAGCGUGGACCCUCACUGGCGCAUCCCCGCCAAGGGCCUGGAGGCGGCGCUGCAGGCGUACCUGGCCAGCCCAGACCAGGAGGAGCCGUUUGAUCUGUCCAGCGUGCCCGAGGUGGUGGCUCCCUCGCCCGCCAAGGCCAAGGCCAAGCCGCAGGGGCUGGCUGCCGCGGUGGCUGCGGGCCUCAGCAACGUGUCGGGCCCCGAGACGCAGGCAGACGAGUAUGCCGACAUGCUCAAGGCGGUGCCGCAGCUGGCGGCGCUGGGCCCGGUGUUCAAGACCUGCUCGCCGGUGCAGCUGACGGAGGAGGAGACCGAGUACAAGGUGGUGUGUGUGCGGCACGUGCUGGAGGGCCACAUCGUGUUCCAGUUCAACUGCACCAACACGGUGCGGGAGCAGGUGCUGGAGGAUGUCAGCGUCACCAUGGACCUGGCCGACGCGGAGGAGUUCAGCGAGGAGGCGGUGCUGCCGCUCAAGGUGAUGCCCGGGGUGGAGGAGGGGCCUGGGCAGACGUACGUGGUGCUGGCGCGCCCGCCCGGCUCCAUGGCGCUGGGCCGCUUCCUCAACAUCCUGCGCUUCCGCAUCAAGGAGAUCGACCCAACCACCGGCGAGGCUGAGGAGGAGGGGUACGAGGAUGAGUACCAGCUGGAGGAUGUGGAGGUGGCCGCCGCCGACUACAUCAAGCCCGCCUUUGCGCCCAACUUCCGCGCCGGCUGGGACGCGCUGCCCGAGGAGAGCGAGAUGGUGGACGACUACGGCAUCGGGCAGAGAGACUCGCUGCAGGACGCGGUGGAGGCUGUGGGGCGCAUCCUGGGCAUGCAGGCGUGCGAGGGGACGGACGCGGUGCCGCCCAACGCGCGCAGCCACACGCUGCUGCUGUCGGGCAUCGUGGUGGGCGAUGUGCAGGUGCUGGUGCGGCUCAGCUUUGGCAUCGAUGCGCAGCGGAAUGUGGCCAUGAAGCUGGCGGUGCGCAGCGAGUCGGCGGAUGUGUCGGAGGCGAUACACGCCAUCAUCCAGGAAGCGUAGCGGCAGCAGGUGGCGCCUGCCCCUAGGGUUGGCCGACAACCGCUUCUUAGUCGCCCCUCCGCGCGCCCCCCACUGUAGAACUGCUGCCCCUUUGCCUUUUUGUUCUCUUUGCAAUUUGCAAACUCCCUUUCAAGCUCCUGGCUGCGACUGUAACAUUGCUGCCAUUGUGA